CUCAGCACCAAUUAUACCAUUAACUUUUUUGUCAUUUUUUUGGUCAAUUUUCUCUACUUUUCUUCAGUGCCCAGAUUCUCCAUAUUGUAUAAUUAUGCUUUUGGCAUUGGCCUGCUCCUACUUUUUUGGUUACUUCAUAGUUCAUCCUAUUGUACAACACAUGGUCACUGGUUAAAGUUUGUCUUUUUGUUCUCCAAUUGAACCAAGUUGCACGUUUUCUGCACCGUUUUGUUGCUACAAUUAGAUGCCAUAUCCUUUAUAGUGAAUCUACCAGGCAUGUUUUCUUUUCAUUGCAAGUAGUCCCACCAAACUUUUUGAGUGAAGUUCUUGUUUUCACAUGUUGCUGUUUGUGUUGAAAUCUGAUGUUUCUUUGCUUUAUUAGCAGGCACUUUAAUGCUUUUUUCCUUCCCUUGUUGAGUGUGUUUUAGAUUUGCUUUAUAUUUGUAGUUUUUGUUAUUUUUUGGCUUUUGAAUUUGUGAGCUUUACACUCUUUGGUUUUGGGGGUUAUGUUACUAUCUCAAUAGAUCCGCCUUUUAGGAUCUUAAUUUAGUACUUCUACUUUUUUUUUUUUUUUUAGAAAAAAAAAAAUCUGGGGAUGUUGCUUCACUUUGUUUGUUGAGGAGGGUGAUCAAUAGUGGCUAUUGUUCUAUAGGCAACUAAUCCAACCAUGAUUGAAGUUUGGUUCUUGGCUUUACUGGUUCUCUCCAAUGGGUUAUCUUCAACUGGGGCUGGCAAGAAUAAUUCCACAAGACCUGAUUUUGUAAAUAUUGGGGCUCUCUUCUCUUUCAACACAACUGUUGGUAGAAAUAUAAAACUGGCUAUAGAAGCUGCUAUUGAAGAUGUAAAUUCUGAUCCAAAUAUUCUUGGUAAAACCAAGUUGAACCUCUCACUGCAAGAAGAUUCUAAAUAUAGAGGUUUUCUGAGCAUUGCUGAGGUUUUGCAGGUCAUGGCAAGACACACAGUGGCAAUAAUUGGUCCCCAUAGCUCUGUAACAGCUCAUGUCAUAACUCAUAUUGCAAAUGAGCUCCAAGUUCCUUUGCUGUCAUUUUCGGCCUUGGAUCCUACCCUUUCUUCACUUCAAUUCCCAUUCUUUAUUAGAACUUGCCAUAGUGAUCUCUAUCAAAUGGCUGCAAUAGCAGACCUUGUUGACCACUAUGGUUGGAAAGAUGUCAUUGCUGUCUAUAUUGAUGAUGACAAUGGGAGAAAUGGAAUUGGGGCAUUAGGCGAUAAGCUUGCUGAGAAGCGUUGCAAGAUAUCUUAUAAAGCACCUUUAAGCCCUGAAGCAACUAGGGAGGAAAUCACUAAUGUGCUUGUUCAGGUGGCUCUGGCAGAAUCACGGGUAAUAGUUGUUCAUGCCAAUACUGUUUGGGGCCCUAAGGUGUUUAAUGUUGCAAAGUAUCUUGGAAUGAUGGGAACUGGGUAUGUCUGGAUAGCCACUGCUUUUCUGUCUGCUUUGAUUGAUAUCUAUAAUCCUGUCCCUUUAGAUUCAAUGGAUGAAAUUCAAGGAGUUCUUACACCACGUGUGUACACACCAGAUUCAGAGCUCAAAAGGAGGUUUGUUUCUAGGUGGAAAAACUUGACUAGUGGAAAUAAUGCUAAUGUCCCUUUUGGAUUGAGUUUUUUAGCUCUCUAUGCAUAUGACACUGUUUAUGCACUUGCUCAUGCACUUGAUGCAUUUUUCAAACAAGGGAACCAAAUUACAUUCUCAGAUGAUUCAAGGCUAUCUUUAAUAAGUGGAGACAACUUGCAUCUUGAUGCUUUGAAAAUCUUUAAUGAAGGAAAUCUGUUACGUAGAAACAUUUAUGCGAUUAACAUGACUGGUGUAUCAGGUCCAUUCAAGUACACAUAUGAUAGAAACCUUGUUAAUCCUGCAUAUGAGAUCAUUAAUGUGGUAGGAACAGGAAUUCGGAGGAUUGGUUAUUGGUCUAAUUACUCUGGAUUAUCAGUAAUUCCACCAGAAACUCUCUUUUCCAAACCAGCCAAUAUUUCCAGGGCAAAUCAAAAGCUGUUACCUGUGAUUUGGCCAGGAGAGACAGACCAGAAACCUCGUGGUUGGGUUUUUCCAAACAAUGGAAGGCUCUUAAAGAUUGGAGUACCAAAAGGUGUUACUUACCAUGAAUUUGUCUCACAAGUAAAAGGCACUGAUAUGUUUGAGGGAUUCUGCAUUGAUGUAUUUCUUUCUGCAGUGAACCUGUUGCCUUAUGCUGUCCCCUAUAAGUUCAUCCCAUAUGGGGAUGGUAAGAACAAUCCUAGUAUCACUGAGCUUGUCCGUCUUAUCACAACGGGUGAAUUUGAUGGUGCAGUAGGUGACAUUGCAAUUACUACAGAAAGAACAAGGAUGGUGGAUUUCACUCAGCCAUAUAUUGAGUCUGGUCUAGUGGUAGUAGCACCAGUUAGGGAGUCAAAAUCCAAUGCUUUGGCCUUUUUGGCCCCAUUUACGCCAAAGAUGUGGUGUGUCACGGCUGUCUUUUUCAUAUUAGUGGGGGCUGUAGUUUGGAUUUUGGAGCAUAGGGUGAAUGAUGAUUUUAGGGGACCACCAAAAAAACAAGUAGUUACUGUUUUAUGGUUUAGUUUUUCAACAAUGUUCUUUUCCCACAGGGAAAAUACAGUGAGCACACUUGGUCGUUUUGUGCUGAUUAUAUGGUUAUUUGUAGUUCUUAUAAUCAACUCAAGUUACACUGCAAGUCUAACCUCAAUCCUCACAGUGCAACAGCUUUCUUCGCCUAUUAAAGGCAUUGAAAGCUUAGUAAACGGCAAAGACCUUAUUGGGUACACGCAGGGCUCUUUUGCUAAAAACUAUUUAGUUCAGGAAAUUGGUAUUGAGGAGUCCAGGCUUGUUCCUCUAAAAACACCAGCAGAAGCUGCUAAUGCAUUGAAAAAGGGUUCCCAAAAUGGGGGUGUUGCUGCUUACAUUGAUGAGCGUGCCUACAUUGACAUCUUCCUUUCAACCCGUUGUGAUUUAACUGUUGUAGGUUCAGAGUUCACCAGAAAUGGCUGGGGAUUUGCCUUUCCACGAGACUCGCCAUUAGCAAUUGACCUAUCAACUGCCAUUUUGCAAAUGACAGAUAAUGGAGACCUUCAAAGGAUCCAUGACAAAUGGCUUUUGAGUAGUGCUUGCUUAUCACAAGGUUCUAAGCUUGAAGUGGAAAGACUCCAGCUUAAAAGCUUCUGGGGCCUUUAUGUAAUAUGUGGGUCUGCCUGUUUGCUUGCACUUUUCAUAUAUCUUUUACAGAUUUUGAGGCAAUACCAGAAGCACUAUUCACAGGAAGUCGACUCCACUGAACAAAGCUUAAGAUCAGGAUCUUCACAACUAAGGACUUUCCUUUCAUUUGUUGAUGAAAAAGAAGAGACUGUUAAGAGCAGGUCCAAGAGAAGGAAAAUGGAGAGGAUCUCAUACAGAAGUAGUAAGGGAGGCUCGCCCAUCAACUCCAACAAAGGAUAUGCUUCAUACAGAAGUGAAUGUGCUACUGAACUCUGACCAAUUGUAUGCCUAUUUCCUCCACAUGAUUCUCUAGCCUCAUGCUAACCACGGGCCUGUUUGUGUUAGCAUUGUCCAACUUUGGAAACGGAUAAGUGUGAUUCUCAAUGGAUUUUUCCUGGAAGAAAAAAUAUACUGUGGCUCAAACUCCACAUGAAGAUACUGCCAAUGCUAAAACAAUCAGAACACAUCAACAUUGCUCGCCAUCCCUAGUGCAAGUAGUGAACUAGGAUUUGCACUUUUGUUUUUGUUAGGAAUAAUAUAAUUAUAUUUUAAAAGAAUUUAUUAAUUAUUAAUUUUAUUACCCUAAUUUAAUUAUUAUUAUUAUUAUUAAUCAUAUCUUCAGUUGUAUGUAACGUUUACUUAAGCAAUUAUAUUGAUUAAAGUAUUUUAAUCUUUUG